AUGAGCAAGAGAAAAGUUUCAACAAAUGAGAUGGUCGCCAAAAGUGAAAAAAAAGUACUAGCGUGUUCUACGCCAGAACAUAGAUUAGAGUCGCCGUCAAGAGACAGCGAUUCCAUUUGUGAUUCAGACGCUGGAAGUCCAGUACCUUUUUUGUGUACUCAAGAUGGAGCAGAAGGAGAAACUGAUGUUGUGUGGAAUUUCUACACACCUAAAUCUGAUAAAGGUACAUCUCGAUCAAAAAAUACAACUCCCCUUAGUAGAAAACCAAGAAAGACGAGAAAGUUAAUAGAAAAACCGUUACCUAAAAGAAGAACAGUAAGGCCGUCACAAAAGAAGACAGAAAUCUUUCAAGAUCUUAUUGAAUUAAAUCAAAAUUUACAUGAAAUAAUAGGAAAAAAAUCUAAAACAAAUAUUAAUAAACCAACAUCAUGUAGUGAAGAAGACAUUUUUAGUGAUACCAGUGAAAGUUCUCCUAAAAGUGGCUUAAAGACAAAUAGCCGAUGCCUCAGAAAAAAUGUUUUAAGUUCGAAGUUCAAAAAACAAGAGCCUGAGAAUUGUUUAGAAUCAGAUGAUUCAAUGAAUGAGUGUCUUUUAAAAGCCAGCCAGGUUGUUGAAGAGAACAUAAUCAACUAUGAUCAUUCUGCUCCAAAAAGGCCAUGCCGGGCAAUAUCUAAUGAAAAAAGUUUUACAACCGAUGUAAAUACAACAAUUGAUCAAGUUUGUAUGGAUACAAUUUUAAGUAAUAUUAAACUAGAGUCACCUUGCCUGAUUAAAGCUAAGAAAUGUAGCUCUCCAAGAUUUAAUAAUGAUUCUUUUGAUAAUCUGCUUGGAGGUUUGAAUGAUAGUGCUUUAGAAAAAUUAUCGCAGAUGCCUGUCAAAGAUACAAAAAAAUCAAAUGCAAAUGAUUCAAAUUGGGCAUUACAAGACGAAAGCCAGUCCUUUAAAUCUAUGUUUGCCCGACAUAACUCAAUGCCGGAGUCACCAUCUGUUAAAGAACUAAAUCAACCAUCAACCAGUGGCAUGGCUUUUGGUAGAUACAGUUCAAUGCCUUUUAACAAAAGUGAUGAAAAAAUCAUAGUUCCAGGUGAUUCACCAAUAAGAUGUACUCCUGAUGAAAUAAAGAAAAAACAUCUGCAGGCACGGGAAAGAUUGUUGGCUAAGAGACUUCUGCCAUUUACAACAUCGCAACAAUGCUCCCAAUCAGCAAAUAGUCUCACUCAACAAUAUAUAGAAACCAUGCCAACAAAGAAAACUGUCUUCCAACCAAAAGUUGCUAGUGCAACUACAAAAUUAUCAAAUCAAAAAAAUAUUCCCAAUAUCAAUGAUACAAAACCCAAAGCACAUGUAAAAAAUGACACAGCUGACCUUAAAUUAUUAAUUGAAAAGAAAAGACAAGAAGCACUAAUGAAGCUGAGACGAAGGCAACCAAAAUAA